AUGAUUCAAGUGGAUUCUAAGUUUGAUGUGUCAUCUCAUCUGCAAAAUUUUGGUGGCUUCGAGAGUGCAUUUGUAACAUGGAAAGGAAAGGAGGCCGAGUACAUAAAUACCCUCGAACUGGUGAAACUAAAUGAUCUUUCAAGCAACAAUUUAGUUGGUGAUGUUCCUAUGGAAAUUACCAGUCUUGUAAUGCUAGUUGGAUUGAACUUUUCAAGAAACAACCUAUCUGGAUUCCUUCCUGCAAAUAUUGAACAACUAAGGUCUUUGGAUUUUCUUGAUUUUUCAAGAAACCACUUCUCUGGUGGUAUUCCUAAUGGCGUUUCUCAAUUGGAUCAACUUGGAGUGCUAGAUUUGUCAUACAAUAGCUUGUCAGGCAAAAUUCCACAAAGCAUUCAUUUACGAACUUUCAAUGCUUCUGCGUUCGAGGAAAACCCUGGACUUUGUGGCCUUCCACUUACAAAAGCUUGUCCAGAAGAUGAAAUUGUUCAAGUCCCAAAGAUCGGUUAUAAUUUUGAUGGGAUGAAAGACCAAGAGGAGGACAAGCUUAUCAAUGAUGGAUUUUACGUUAGUAUGGCAAUUGGGUUCGUUUUUGGAUUUUGGGGGGUAUGUGGAACUUUCAUGCUCAAUCACUCGUGGAGGAUUGCAUUUUUCAAGUUGUGGAAUAGCAUAAUGGAUUGGUUGUAUGUAAAGAUAGCCAUCAACAAAAUCCGUCUCAGGGAAGCAUAUCACAAAUCUGUAAAAUUUUAG